GACAUGUGAGCGCAUCUCGACCAUCAGAGGGCGGGUGUGUAGCGUUGAAUGAGCAGCGUGUGGCUGCUGCUGCUGCUGCUGCUGGUGGUGCUGAUGAUGAUGAUGAUUGGAGAAGCGGCAGGUGCUUAAACCUUGCACCAGAUACCCGGCGGCUUGGAUGCGACUUUAAAGGCUGUGUAAAGAACAAUAAACCCUAACCCUCAGCUGUUAGCGGUGAAUGCCUUUCAAACACCUGCAGUGUUCCUCUCUGGCGAAGGAGUGACUUGUGAGUGCGCAGCCGGUGCGAGAAAGAAGUCCAAAUAGAUUUGGCACAAGUGAAGAUGCCCGAAUGGGUCUUGACGCAAUGGAAUUUGAGUUGAAGAACACGUAACCACUCAGAAGUCGCUCUGGUUCAAGCCGCUGUUGAGGUAACUGGGAACUUGAAAACGCGUUUUUGUUUUAUUGACCGCGGGGAUGUUGUGAACGAAGCCCGGGACAGAAGGAGCGGGGACGCAGAAGGAAGAAGGGGGAAACCAGGGCUGGACGAGCACCAGAGGGAUUAUGGCUCUCGUAACGUUUUCUCUCAGCCUCAUCACGCUGGUGCUCUCAAACCUGCACCUUUCGAGAGCCAGCAACCGGCAUGCGGUUUACUGGAACAGCUCGAACAUACAGCUUCGACGGGAGGGCUACACGGUGCAAGUCAGCGUCAACGACUACCUGGACAUCUACUGCCCGCACUACAACACCAGCCAGCAGGGGAAGCUAGAGCGCGUCAUAGCCGAGCAGUACAUCCUCUACAUGGUCAGCUACCGCGGCUACCGCACCUGCGACCCCCAGCUGGGUUUCAAGCGCUGGGAGUGCAACCGGCCCCUGGCGCCCCACGCGCCCAUCAAGUUCUCUGAGAAGUUCCAGCGUUACAGCGCCUUCUCGCUGGGCUACGAGUUCAACGUGGGCCAGGAGUACUACUAUAUCUCCACCCCCACCCACCACCACGGCCACAGCUGCCUGAGACUGAGGGUGUACGUCUGCUGCUCCACUGUCUCCCAGGCAGAUGAUGACUCCAGUCAGACGUCUCCCGACUACACAGUCAGGCCAAACAUCAAAAUACACAACAUUGAUGAAUUCAACCCUGAGGUUCCCAAGCUGGAGAAAAGUGUCAGCGGCAGCAGCCCAUCACGCGACCGCCUUCUCCUCACCGUGGCGAUGCUGCUCGUGUCCGCCGUCCUUUUGUCCUAGCGACCGUCACCGAGUGACACUCCGCGCUCGGCUGGACCGCCUUGUCCAAAAGGGCUUUGUAUCCACCAAGUUUUUUGACGACGUGAAAGCUGACAGAAGCGAGGGGCAGAGGUGCGGCAGAACCACAAUCAAACGGGAAAAUUAGGAAUCUGGAACUCAGCUCAACAGACUUAAAAAAAAAAAAAAAAAAAAAGAAAGAAAAAAAGAGAGGCCUUUUUGCUGUCACAUUUACACGUGUGAAUUAUGACACUUAAAAUGUUGUCGGACGUCAUCGUCACAUGAACACCGCAACGUUUCAUACAGGUGUGGCGCCCCCACGGAGACCACUAACCAAUACUCAAAAUCAGACUUCUGUGCUGCCCUCGCGUCUGCUGUAAGUGAGGAAUCAGACUUCUAAUGAGCUGGACUACACAGUCUUAUUGUAGCAUGGAUAUCAAACCACCCUGAGGAAUUUACGCUGCACUGUCUUCAGCUGAUGAAAGUAGGUUGCUGCAACUGCAAGCUUUGAAGAAGAUGGAAAACUCUGCGGUGGAUUUUUAGGCCUUGGACCACGGACAGAGUCUGCUGAUGCAUUAAACCCAACUUUGAUGUAGUGAAGAGCCAGAUGGACUCCAGAACUGCGCUGAUCUCACCUGAGUUAUACAGGAUAUUUAUAUGAUCGGUCAGUGUCCCGGACACUGAAGAAUGUUUUCACACUAGUGUGAGAGAGCUGCUGGUAAUAAGAGCUUGAGAAAAAGAGGAAAGACUUUCUGAGGAUAUCCGUAGGCCUUUCAAGAAUCCAUUUUCUCCAGACAUCAAAAAUACCCCUGGCUUUGUGAUCGGUGCAGAUGCGGAACCCGCGUUUCUUAGAAGGUAGCAAGUGCCCUCUUAGAACUAGUCUUUUGUCUGCAUUUCCUGCCUUCGCACUGUAACAACCCUAGAAAAAUACAGACCCUGGGCUAGUAAUUUGACGGCACUUAGACGUGGUAGAUGUGCUAGAUGUGUGUUUUGUUCCGAUGCAUUUACCUUCAGCACUUGGCGCAGAGUUUCCGGAUGUCAGACCCUUCCGCUCUCGCCGCAAUCAGCGCGGUCAUUCAGAAUGCCACUAAUUUACAAUUCUUAAAUAACUCUCUCAGCAGCAAGUCCCCUUUUAAUCCCAGACAACCCUGCGUAUUCCUUUUCCACUUCAGAGGUUCACAGCCAAUCAGUGCUGAUGGCCAUUAAAGCAGUCACAGUCACCAUGGAAACUACCCCAUACAGUCGCCAAAGUGCGGCAGGUGCCUGAGGAGAAAUUGUUCUUUGAGUUUCAAAGUGACGCUGCCGGCAUUUUGUUAAAAACAAAAAAUAAAAAAAAGGGGGAGAGGAGGAGGAAAAAACAAACACGUGUGAAUGUGCAAAUAAAGUUCACUUUUUUAUAUUGUAAUACGAGACGACGUAGGCUGGCGUUAAACCUGAUUACAACGUUGUGCUUCGUUUGGUUUAUUUCCUUUUGAGACGUAUUUAUUUUGACAUCGAGGUCUAUUAUUUAUCUACCUUAUUUAUUAGUGUGCAUUCGUAGGCCUUUCGCUCAAUAAGCUACCGUGCCAUUUUUUUAUUCUUUUUUUUAAAACAGUGGGAUUUUUACUGCAGCAUUUCGCUUGUGUAGAUAAAUAGAUGUAAUUCAGCCUGAUACAAAGAGAGGGUCAUUGGUUAUGACUAAUCGGACGGGGCGUGCACUCAGCAGCCCCGCUCUCAUGUAACAGAUACUGCUAACUAGAUUAUGUUGCCGAAGAGCAUGUCAUAAACCAACUGUGAAUGCGCAGACGGAGCCGAUGUUGAUGGAAGGGCAGCAUUCCUCCAGUGCUGCACUUGCAAAACAAGCGAGUCUGUAUUGUGAUGUAUAUUUAUAAUACAUGCCGGUUAUGGAAUGUGUGUGUGUGUGUGUGUGUGUGUGUGUGUGUGUGUGUGUGUGUGUGUGCGCGCGAGCACAGAGCGUGUGUGAGUGUAUGAGUGAGCAAGAGGGGAAACAUAUGUCUGCACAUCGGUGCGUAUGUAUGUAGAAUGUGUUCGUCCGCGCUUUUCAAGUAUGUGGCAUUUAGAAAUUUCGUACCCGUCGAGGAAGUCAUUUGUAGGAUCUGAAUAUGCAAAGCGUGUCCGAGAGAAUGUGCUCUUCUGUAAUGUUAGUUUAUGUUACAGGGUUUGGGAGGCGGGCAACAAAAAAAAAAAAAAAAGCAUUUACUGAUGUUGAAGACAACCACGAGAAAUGUGUUUACCUUUGACAAGAAUGAAUAAGCAACUGUAAAUUGAACCAAGAAUGAUUAAAACGAUGCCAAUUAAAAUCUUUUUGCAAAUUUUC